AUGCUGGUGCGCGUGCGUUCGAAGGAAGGCCAGUUACGUGUACAGGCAGAAGGAGGCGACGAUGCACAGGUGCUUGUCGAUCAAAUCCUCCAAUCGCUGCCCGACGCCGAUGUCCAUACCCUGACGCUCUCGAACGAGCCGCGCGGCGGCGAGAAGCGCGCGAGCGAGCUCGUUGGGUCGACGCUCGAUGCGCUCGGAAUCAAACACGGCCAUCUCUUGUACGCCGCGUACGAGCCGCGUGCCGAAAGCAGCACACGCGAGCAGGAGCCCGACGUGGCGCCUCCCCCCAGCGGCGCGCGGCCCUGGGAGAGCGUCGUGGAGGAUCCUGUGGAUAUUUUUUGGGAAAAGCAGCCCGGAACGAUUGCGCGCACGCGCGAUACCCAGUUCUGCCGGCACGGCGACAAAGGCAUGUGCGACUACUGCAUGCCGCUCGAGCCGUACGACUCUUCGUACCAUGCCGAGCACAACAUUAAGCAUCUUUCGUUCCAUGCGUACCUGCGCAAGCAAAACAUUGCGACCAACUCGGCGUCGUCGGCGACGUUUGUGCCGCCGCUGGAAGAGGCCGAGUACAAGGUCAAGGCGCCGUGUCCCUCCGGCCAGCACCCGCCGUGGCCGGCCGGGGUGUGCACCAAGUGCCAGCCGUCCGCGAUCACGCUGCAGCGCCAGCCCUACCGCAUGGUCGACCAUGUGGAAUUUGCGCAUCCCUCGCUGAUUGAGCGCGUGCUGGAGAUUUGGCGCAAGACGAACGCGCAGCGCUUUGGCUUCCUCAUUGGGCGCUACGAAAAGUACGACGAGGUGCCGAUGGGUGUCAAGGCCGUCGUCGAGGCGAUCCACGAGCCGCCGCAGCAAGGCGAGACCGACGGCCUGGCGCUCGGCAUCCCAUGGGAGGACCAGAGCCGCAUCGAGCAGCUCGCCAGUACGUGCGGCCUGCAGGUCGUCGGCAUGGUGUACACGGACCUCGAGGCGGCGGACCCGACGCACACAGACCCCCGCAAGGCGGGCCUGGUCGCGUGCAAGCGUCACCUCGACAGCUUCUUUCUUUCUGGCGGCGAAGCUGUCUUUGCCGCGCAGCUCCAAGGGGCGAACCGCGCCGUGAGCCGCUUUAGCCGCAGCGGCGAAUUCAACAGCCGCUUUGUGACGUGCAUCCUUACUGGAAACCCAGAAGGCGUGAUCGAUAUCGCGGCCUACCAGGUGAGCGAGCAGGCAAUGGGCAUGGUCGACGCCGACAUGAUCGAGGCGAGUGUCGAGCCGACGACGAUCCGCGUCAAGCCCAGCGAAGGCACGCGGUACGUCCCGGAAGUCUUUUUCCGGUACAAGAACAAGUACGGGAUCGACGUCAAGGAGAGCGCGAAGCCGACCUUUCCGGUGGAGUACCUGAUUGUGAAUACGACGCACGGCUUCCCCACGUCGCCGAACCCCUUGUUCCUCUCGCAGUCGUUCCCCAUCGAAAACCGGCCGGGCCUGCACGACCAGGAUUUGAGCGUGUUCUGCCGCGAGCUCGCCAAGCUGCGUCCUGCCGAGAUCCACGUCGGCGGCGCGGCAGACCCUGCGCGUGCCGAGGCGCGUGCGGCGCUCGUGCGCUUCCUCAGCGACUGGCACCUCGUCGCGUUCAUGGGCCAGGCCGGCAUUCUUGACGCGGACGAGAUGGCGCGCCUGUGCAAGGUUGCGACGACACACGACAGCGAUGCUGCGCUCGACGCACUGCUCGGCUCGAACGGAUGGCAGACGCUUGUCACGAUCGCCUCCGAGUACGCCGAGCCGGAACGGACACGCAACGAGUCGUUCACCUACGACGGCCAAGACUCGGACCAAGAGAGUCUGGAUGCGCCCUAUGACAAUGCCCCCGAGUCGCCGGGAGGCGACGGGGGCGCCGCGUGCCCCCACUGCACGUUUGUCAACGCGCCGGGCGCGACGGACUGCGACGUGUGCGGCCUGCCGCUGCGCUAG